AUGUGUGGUUCUAAUCUUGGAAAUAAUAAAUACAAGUAUUCCAGCAAACUAUCACCACCCCUUGUGGCAUCAUCACCAACUGUGUCACUGACCAGUCUUGAUCCUCAAAUGGCAGCGGUUAUGUCGUCCAUACAACUAGGACUCAUGUCUAGGGUAAAAAUGUCACCCAGUCCUCAGGAGGCAUCCGUGAAUUAUAACUCACUGCCAGAUGCUGGUCAGCAUGAUGACCAGCCAUUAGACUUAUCCAGAAAGCCAAAUAAGACAUCCUCAAACAAAGCUGCAGCUUCAACAAAUUUUGCUUCCUUGUCCACACCUGUCACAACCACCUCCACCACAAAUGGCUUCUCUAGUCUUCAGAGCUUGCAGCAGCGAUUCGGUGGGGAUUAUCCUUUAGGACUGUCACACAAAUCAGCUCUGCAGUCAUACCAUUGCACUUCCCAUGCACUGUCCUUGACAAAUGACACAAAUAUGCGCCCAGGAAUUGGCAAGUCAAAGUCUGAUCUCCGAUUAGAUAAUCUGGAUAAACAGGACUUAGCAAGAGCUUCAGAUGUAUCUCCUAUGCACAAGGGAGGUGGUUCCAGGCAUACCUCACCCAUGCUGCCAGAUGAAUCUGCUGCUGCUGAAAUGGGAGGAAAGCACACAAUUCACCGGUGUUCUUGUCAAAAGUCGUUCAGUACCUUGUAUGCUUUGAGCUUACAUCUUCAGGAAACAGGUCACACCCCAGGAAGCAGCAAGUCUGCAUCCCUAAUGGAUUACCCAAAGUUGGUGAGGGGUCAAGACAUGUGGCUCAACCAGGAGUCGGAGCAAACUCGUCGCAUCCUUCGCUGUAUGCAGUGUGGCGAGUCCUUCAAAUCUCUGCCACUGUUGACUGUACACAUGAUGCAGACCCAGCAUUACACAAAGAUUGUCACUUCAGAUCAUGGCAGGAGGUCUCACAAAUGUUCUACUUACUGUGACAGAGAACUGGACAAAGAGUGUAUCUUUAAAUGCAAAGUCUGCCAUGAAGCUUUCACUGAUAUGGAAGGGCUUGCAAAUCAUAUGAUAGUUUCAGGUCAUCAUAAGAAGCAGUCAUCACGCCAUAUUCCAAGUACUGCAGACCUGCCUUCUGACUCCUCCUCCUCAUCAAUAGUCAGACAGGGAAGACGCAAACGGUUUUUACCUGAUGACAUUGCCUCAGCUGCUAUUUCUGGAACCAGCGCCUCCACAGUUGCCUCAUUGUUGGAGUACAGGCAAAAACAAGCAAUGAGCAUGAUGAAUGGUUUUCACGCUGAGAUGAAACCUAGAGCAAGAUCACCAGAGGCACAGAGAUUGUUUCCGUGUGAUAGCUGUGGUAAAAGUGUGGGCCCAGGUGAUUUUGAUUCUCAUGUCAGAGCCUGCUUGAGACAUAGAGCGGAAGUUAUUGACGCCCUCAAGAACAAGCUGGCUGUUGAGGAAGCACUUUUAUCAAGAUCUGAAAGUAAGCUACUCAGGUCAGGGUUCAAACUAUCCUCACUCUCGGGCCAGCGAGAAAAUGUGUCAGUCAUUGCUGGCUCCAGAGGUAAAGAGUCAUUUCUAAGUGAUGACUAUGAGAAAAACUGUGAGAAGAAUCUUGAUGAUAACCACAUGAGUUUCCACAGUCAGAUCAAAUCAGAGAAUGAGAACACUUGUGCUGGUCAAAAACACAACUCGGGUGUGGUAGAACAAGAAACUUUAUCAAAGACUGGCGAGCCCAAUGCUAAAACUUGUGAUCUAACAGAAGUGCCUCUAAAAACAUGGCAUUGUUCUAACGGUGAGUCCAGACAUGUGGCAGUUAAGGAAGAGGAUGCUAGUCCAGGUAGUCUGAAUGUUAAAACAUCUCAGCUGCCAGUAGCAGAUGUCAGCUGCAAUAAUCACCAGUUUGCUAAAAGAGAAAGUCCUGGUCAAGAGAUACCACAAGAGGGAAAAUCUACACUGAGUCCUGGAGUUGGAGAGAAAAGAAAACUUUCAGAAAUGGACUCAGAGAAGGAAGAUUGCAACAGUGUGAGGAAGAAGGAUAGACUGGGUGCAGACUUUAUCCAAGAGUUUACUGGGAAACCUGUAGACUUUACCUCUUCUGCCUUACAUAAGCUUGAUAUGUUUUCACGCGGAUUAACAUUUUCUCCACCCAAAAGAACCAUUUCACCUGAAUCCAAAUCACAUUCACAUCAGUCAUCCAGAGCUUCAAAGAAAAAGGAGUCCACUUCAUCCAUAACCAGAUCUCCUCAACCUGUCCCUGCCUCUCCACUUUCACAGGCAAAAACAGAAUUCUGGGGCACAGAAUCAUCUUCAUCCGCAUUAGAAGCAAUGGAAUCAUUUAUCCACAAAAGUUUCAGUGUCAAGUCGGAUUUACGCUCGUCCAACUUAGCUUCCAUGUUCAGCCCAUUUCGAAAUUGCUUCCCCCUUCCAGGAACCUUGCCAGGACAGAGCGUUAUGGUGCCAGAGUCAUCAGACAGGGCCUUUUCUCACUUUGCCAAAUUCUCAAAAUUCUUCAGAAUGGUCCCAGGUAUACCACAGUUUCCCGAAACAGUUCAUUCAGUAGAUAAUAAAAAAUUAGAAGGGGUACAAUCUCAACUGCCAUCACCAUCGCUGUCUGAACCUCGAUCGGUAAUCCCCCAAGACAAAUCUGUCUUUCUCAAUAAAAAAAGCACCACGAACAAACCAAAUAACAUAUCGCCCACGAUCAAAGUCCCUGUGGUGAAGUUCGCUUCAGAUGCUGCACCUGGAAAUAACCAUACUCAUAGAUUCUCAGAGAGCAGAAAUAUAGACAAUGCUUCCAUUUCCAGGAAAUAUAAGUACAGUAAUGUUAAUGCAGUGGCCAGUUUAAACUCUUCCAUCAGAAACCAGAUCCACUCCCAAGAUUUACCUCAGUCCUCGGAUAAACGGGAUGCAUGGAUUGAUGAUUUGGGGCAUUCUAAGCUGGAAGACAUGAUGAUUCUUCAACCUGACUUUGACAGAUCUCUAGAUGAACCAAAGAGGAAAAGAAGAAGUGAAGGCAUAUUUGAUCAAGAAGAUGGUAAAUCAAAGAUGAGAAACAUUAAACUUGAGGAUGAAUUUACAGAUGAAAGAGAUGAGAGACAUGUGAAUGAUGAGACUGAGGGUAAGAUGAAUGAAGAGAGUAGUUCUUCGCCUGAAGAGGCUCACAAAUGUCAUGAAAAAGUUGAGAUUUCUCAGUUUAUUUUAUAUGAUGAUAAUUUAAAAUCGGAAUCUGCAACAGUCUGCAUGCCAGAAAAGCUGACAGAUGUCACAGAAGAGAUGUCAAUUGAUAGAAUGAAACAUGAAAGGGCAAAUGACUCCAUAAAAGAGGGCUCUAAAGACUCUAAUGUUCGAGAUUCAUCACUAAAGAAGAAACCCAUAUGUGAAGAACUGGAAGCAAAGAAUGAAAAAGACAUGCAUGAAAAUUUACUAGUAACAGAUGGUAAGGUGGACAGUUUGGAUCAUCAUGCAGACAAGAGCAUCAAGGAGGAAGCUGGUGACAAUAAUGAAAGCUGGCAUUCCUCUAAGCCUUCUCUCAACAUCAGGUAUAACGAGGAAGUCGAUGUACAAGGAAGAAGUGAAGAUGCUGCUGAUGACCUACCUGCUUUCGCUAAUCGGUUAUCUUUUCUGCGGAAGAAGAGCUGGUUUGAAAAUGUGAACAGAGAGUCUGAUGAAAGUAACUGUAACAAUUGUGAUGGAGAUAUUGACACUGAUGAUGAUGAUGAUGUUGCUAGUGGUGAUGAUGGGGAUGAUGCAGCUAUUAGGAGUGGAUUAGUAAUAAUGAAAAGGAACAAAGAGAGAAGAAAGAUCAGAACACGGGAAAUAGAUUCAAUUAGAGGAAGUCUAAAUACUGCAGAACAGCUUCACACCAAUAGUAUACUUCACAAUCAGUCUGAGGUUGUUGCUGUAAAAGUUGAAGAUAAUGCUGGUGAUGUUGAUAAGGAGCAAAAAAAUAAUGAACCUACAUGUUCUGAAGAGUAUGUUGAAAAAACAGAUAGUGUAAAAAUCAUGAAUUCCUUGAGAAAGCAACCACACGACCUCAGUGAUAAUGUAAGUAAUGAGGAAGAAAAACAGGAGUGUAACCUCAAAAAAGAAGAAUCAAAUCAACAGGAACGUCACAAAAGAUAUGGGUCAGAAUUCCACUUUGGCAGAAAAUGCAGCACAGCAUUGAAACCAUCAGGGAAGGAGAAUGAAGCAGCUGUGGAUCCUAACGGCGAGCUGCAUGUGCUGAAAACACCAGGUAGUGAUAGCAUGGACAAGUCAACAAAGUUGCCAGAAGACAAUCCUGUAUUUAGCCAGCUUGCCAGCAAGAACUCGGGAGAUGGGGACAAGCAAGAGAAGAAGUCAGCUUUAGACUCCUUAAGUUCAUUUGUAUACAGCCAGCCACUGACCAGUGAACAUCCUUUGGACAGUCUACACAGACUGUUGUCCACUAAUGACCUCACACACCUCACAGCCGAUCCUCACAAAUAUUUAGCAGUUGCUCCCAGUAAGUGUUUAACUGUGGACAUCUCAGCACCUCUCAACCUGACUUCCAAAGGAGGAGGUGUCAAUGCUAGCAGUGGGGGAUGUAGCAGUGAUGAGAAUGAGGAGAGCGAUCCAGCUGCUACUGAAGGUGGCGCUAGCGAAGGAGAUCUCCGAGAGUACAAGUGUGCAGCUUGUAAUAGAAAAUUUGCUUCCAAAGGCUCAUAUCGCUAUCACCUGAGCAGAUGUCAUUUAUCCAGUGUUAAAAAAUAUGGGAUUAAAGAAGCUUUUAACAUGAGCCCAUAUGUGUACUUACCUUUAGAUCACACAGCAAAAUUCUCCAAGUAUUACCAGCUGGCCCAUGAACUUGCAAAUAAAGGCAAAUAA